AUGUCUGACGAACAUUUUAUUAAACCGGAAAAUGUGGUUCCAUCCACAGACACUAGUGAAUGGCCGUUACUAUUGAAGAACUAUGAUAAAUUGUUAGUCAGAAGCGGUCAUUAUACCCCAAUACCUAAUGGCGCUUCACCUUUAAAGAGAGACUUGAAAUCUUAUGUUAGUUCUGGUGUGAUAAACUUAGACAAGCCAUCAAAUCCAUCUUCUCAUGAAGUUGUUGCUUGGAUUAAGCGUAUUUUGCGUUGCGAAAAAACAGGUCACUCUGGUACUUUGGAUCCAAAGGUUACUGGCUGCUUGAUUGUAUGUAUUGAUAGGGCUACUAGACUGGUCAAAUCACAGCAAGGUGCUGGUAAAGAAUAUGUUUGUAUUGUGAGGUUGCACGAUGCUUUGAAAGAUGAAAAAGAGUUGGGUAGGGCGUUGGAAAACUUGACCGGUGCUUUGUUCCAAAGACCUCCACUAAUCUCUGCGGUGAAGCGUCAAUUACGUGUUCGUACUAUUUAUGAUUCAAACUUGAUAGAAUUUGACAAUAAGAGAAAUUUGGGUGUUUUCUGGGCUUCCUGUGAAGCCGGUACCUAUAUGAGGACCCUUUGUGUUCACUUGGGUAUGCUUCUAGGUGUUGGCGGUCAUAUGCAGGAGUUGCGCCGUGUAAGAUCUGGUGCCUUAUCGGAAAACGAUAAUUUGGUCACUCUACAUGAUGUAUUGGAUGCACAGUGGGUGUAUGACAAUACCAGGGAUGAAUCGUACCUAAGAAAGAUCAUUCAACCAUUAGAAACCUUGUUAGUUGGUUACAAGAGAAUCGUUGUGAAGGAUUCUGCUGUUAAUGCUGUAUGUUACGGUGCAAAGUUGAUGAUUCCAGGUCUAUUACGUUAUGAAGAAGGCAUUGAAUUAUACGAUGAGGUGGUUUUGAUUACUACUAAGGGUGAAGCUAUUGCUGUGGCUAUAGCUCAGAUGUCCACUGUUGACUUAGCCACUUGCGAUCACGGUGUGGUUGCCAAGGUCAAGAGAUGUAUCAUGGAAAGAGAUUUGUACCCAAGAAGAUGGGGAUUGGGUCCAGUCGCACAGAAGAAGAAGCAGUUAAAAGCAGAUGGUAAGUUGGACAAGUACGGCCGUGUUAAUGAAAAUACUCCAGAGGACUGGAAGAAGGGGUACGUCACAUUGGAAACAGCUGAAGCUUCAACUUCAGCAACUGAAAAACAACAAGCACCUCUAAUUCAAGAAAUUGUAAAGACGGAGGAACCAAAGAUUAAAUCAAAGGCUAAAGACGGAGACGAUGCUGAGGAAGAAAAGAAGGAUAAGAAGAAAAGAAGGAUAAGAAGGAAAAGAAGGAAAAAAGGAUAA